AUGGCUGGGGGUUUUCGGCAUCCCUUUGGGACACCUGCGUUGCUUAUUGUGGCUUUCUGCCUGCUUCUGAGUUGUCGCGCGCUGCGGGGACAGUUACCCUCGCCUGGGAACGAAUCCCACGCGGAGCUCUACCUGCCUGCUUGGGGAGCAUUUAAUGGCAGCAGCCGCGUCCUGAUUGCCAACUCCAGGCUCCGAGUGCCCCUGGGCCGAUCGCUAUGGCUCGACCCGCUGCGGGACCUGGUGAUUGCAGUGCAGCUGGGGGAUCGGUGCGAGGUGACAGUGCUGGAUGUCCUGCCCCCGCUCCAUGGCGCGCUGUCCCCGCGCCUCUUCCCCUGCGCCUUCGGGGCCCGCCAGGUCCGGUACACUCACUUGGGCUCACGCAGCCCCAGGCGCGGGCGGGUGCGGCUGCAGCUGCGCUACGAUGCCCCGACUUACACGCUGGUGCUGCCCUUCACGCUGGCGGUGGACGUGGUGUUCUCCCGGCUGGAGCUGGUGACACGCACCAGGCCUUUGACUGUGUCAAAACUGCGGGGCCGGAGCCAUGCCAUCGACCGGCGAGUACUACACUUCGCCCACCCGAAGUCGCCAGUCGCGGCCACCAGCAGGUGCCUCCUCACCCCUCUUCCUCUCCACGACGGCCUACUGCCCAGGUACGGGCACUUGGUGGACGCCAAGGGGACCCCUCUCCCCAGGGGCAGGCGAGUAGACUGUGAAGGCUUUGUCCGGGCUGGGGUGCGCUACCAGCACACGGCCACUGCCUCCUCGCCCAACCGGGACCACGUGCCCAUGAUGGUGGAGCGGCUGGCGCCGGAGGACCCAGGCGCUGGGUCACUGGAGGUUCUGGUUCGCGAGUACUUCCAGCUGCUGGUGCAGAUCCAGAAGGGAGCUGAGAAUACAACGCCCAGGCCCAGCCUUGUGGCCCCAAGGAUGCUGCAGGUCGAUCAGCUCCUGCUAACAGCCCUGACUCCUGAUGCACUGGCUGCGGAGGACAUUGAGUCAGACCCCGACGACCUAGUCUUCAACAUUCUCAACGCCCCCACAAUCCCACCAGGGCACCAGAGGCAGCAGGGCUAUGUGGUCAGCACUGACGACCCCUUGGGCCUUCCAGUCUCCUUCUUUACCCAGAGGGAGCUGCAGGAACUGAAAAUUGCUUAUCGUCCCCCUACAGAGAGCUCAGAACAGGACUGCUUCUUCCAGCUGGAACUGGAGGUGGUCGAUGGAGAAGGUGCCACCUCAGACCCUUUUGCCUUCCUGGUGGUAGUGAAGUCCAUGAAUGCACUGACCCCUGUGGCCAGGUAUAACCAAGGACUAUUGCUUUUUGAAGGUCAGUCCAGCCCCCUGAAUCUUCAGAUCAGUGAUCAAGACAACCUGGAAGAGGUGAAAAUGGUUGCCAUCAGUGGCUUGAGACAUGGGCAGCUGGUGGUGCUUGGGGCACCUGUUGGGUGCAAGUAUUUGACACCAAUGGACUUGGCAGCAGGGCGAGUGGUGUACCAGCAUGAUGGCAGUGACACCUACAGUGAUAACAUCAUCUUCCGGAUGGAGGAUGGGUACCACCAGGUGGAAUUCCUCUUCCCUGUCACCAUCAUACCAGUGGAUGAUGAACCACCAAUGGUCAGUGCCAACACAGGACUCUCAAUGAUCCAAGGGCAAGUGGUCCAGAUAUCCCCCUUUGUCCUGAGUGCCACAGAUAUUGACUCUGAAGACUCAACUAUCCACUUUGUGCUGGAGGACCAACCUCUGGAAGAAAAAGAGGGAGAGACAGAGUGGGACCUGUCUCCAGGCCCCCCUUACUCAAGCCAGCACCUGGGGGAUAUGCUCCUGCGGCAGGCUGAAGCACCUCUGCCCCCUCUAGACAGUGACUGGCACUAUGUAGAAAAAGAAGGACUUUAUGAGAAGGUGGUGACUGAGUGGCUACAGAGAGACAUAAUAGAAAGAAGACUUUUCUUCCGCCAUCUUGGACCUCACAGCCCUCAAUCUGUCACUGCCCAUCUGGCUUUCCAUGUGCAGGAUGACCACGACCCACCCAAUCUAUCCAACCAGAACUUCUUCACCAUCAGUAUCCAGCCAGUGGAUAUGCAGAGUCCAGAACUGUACCCAGGAACUACACUAGGAAUGACUGUGAGAGACUACCAGCUCACUCACUUCCAGAAGAAAUUCCUCCACUAUGUUGACCAGAAUUCAGAUGAACAGAACCUGUGGUACACCAUACUUACACUUCCAACUGACACUGACAGCAACCACCAAGUCCAGGUGGGAGAAAUUGUGCUCACUGAUUCACCAGACAUACCCAUCAUGCAGUUCACCCAGGCCCAAGUAAAUCAUCACAAGAUUGCUUAUCAACCCCCACGGAAGAAGCUGGGCAUUGUACCCCAAGUUGUGCAAUUCACCUAUCAAGUGACAGAUGCUGCAGGCAACAGUGUGCCAGGCACAUUCACAUUAUUCCUACAGCCUGUGGCCACCCAGCCUCCCGAAGUCACCAACAGAGGCCUUACUAUCUCAGAAGAAGACAGCUUUAUCCUCAGCAGUAAUGAGCUGGAUGUUACAGACCCUGACACAGACAUUGACCAAAUCAUCUUCAUUUUAGUCUGGGGUCCCCAACAUGGACACUUGAGGUACUUUAGAAAAUGUAUGGUUCCAGGAGACUCUUUUAUGCUAGCUGAUAUUAUUAAUGGGAGUGUCUCUUACCAGCAUAUUCAAGACCAGACUGCCAGUGAUACCUUCCAUCUGGAGGUAAGUGACGGGGUGCACUGUAUACCCAUCACUGUCCAGAUUUCUGUCCAACCCGCUGUGGCUGAUAAAAGUCCCAGGAUCUCCAUCACAGGUAGUCUGUUACUGGAUUCUUCCAUAAAUGUACGAGAGAGUACAGCUGUUGAGAUCACCACGGGUAUUAUACACAGCAGAAAGGAUACACAUGGCUUAAUUCUGUGUUUCGUUGUGGAGAACAGCCCCACUUUGGGCAUUAUUCUGGUGAAUGGUUUGCCCACAGAGCAAUUCACCCAACAGGACCUCACGAGUGGGGCAGUAGUCUAUGUGCACACUGGAGGUGAAGUUGGUUUCCAAAAGCAGUAUGAUGCUUUCAGCCUCAUCCUCUACAAGGAUCCUUGUCACCGGGUAGUGGGGGACAGCAUAGUGGAAAGGAUGCAGGUGGAAGUCACAGUACUGCCAGUAGACAAUGUAGCCCCCAGGGUCUUGCCAAGGGAGUCCUUCAUUGUCCCUGAAGGUGGGAAGAGCCCUUUGACUUUACAACAUCUCAACAUUGAAGAUGUGGACACUCCCCAAGAUGAAAUCCUUUGCACGCUGACUAAGCAGCCAGCCUCUGGCUACCUGGAAAACAUUGGACCAGCUCCAGGUUCAGAAGUGUCACGGACUGGAAGCCCCAUUAGUGCCUUCUCCGUCAGGGAUGUCCGAAUGGGGCAUAUCAAUUAUAUACAGAGUAUCCACAAGGGGCUAGAGCCACAAGCAGAUCAAUUCACCUUUUAUUGCUCUGAUGGCAUCAACUUCUCCCCAAAUAUCUUCCUCCCUAUAAUCAUCUUGCCUAUCAAUGAUGAGAAGCCCCAACUUUUCACUCAGGAGCUGGUGGUAUUAGAGGGAAUGAGCCUGGUCAUAGACACUCCGCUGCUCAAUGGAGCAGAUGCUGACCUGCCGCCCAACGAGCUCCACUUCCAACUCACGGCCCUCCCUCGGCAUGGGCAAAUAGUUCGGCAGCUGGCCACAGGCAGCCAGCCCAUCCGCAGCUUCACCUUACAGGAGAUCCAGGAGGCCUCCUCCAUUGUGUAUGAGCAUGAUGACUCGGAGACUAUGCAGGACAGCUUUGAGGUCUGGCUGAGUGAUGGCAAACACACCACCCACUCAAAGGUACCCAUUGUGGUGAUCCCGGUAAAUGACGAAGCCCCUCAGUUAACCAUCAAUGGUGGGCUGGAAGUAGAGACAGGGCACUCUGAGAUCAUCACAAAUCUGACCCUCAAGGCCACGGAUCUUGACUCAGAUGAUAAGAUCCUCAGUUUCAUCCUCCGCGAUGGGCCUCAACAAGGGCUUUUACAAAGACUGAGAGAGCCUGGAGGUGAAGUGAGGAACAACCUGACUGUGGGGAUGAACUUUACCCAGGAUGAAAUUGACAGAGGUCUCAUCUGUUACACCCACACAGGCAAGGAAGGGAUUGUUGAUCUUAUCAAGUUUGAAGUGACUGAUGGGGUUAACUCUUUGAUGGACCGUGACUUCUGUGUGACUAUUGGCAGCUUAAACAGAGUCUUCCCUGAGGUAGUCAACAAAAGGGUCACCUUGAAAGAAGGUGGCAGUAUGACCCUCACCACUGAACUGCUUAACACCAGUGACAUCAACAGCCCUGGAGAGCAACUUCACUUUACCAUCACACAGCCUCCUGGUCUGGGCCACUUGGAAAGCUCUGACCAUCCUGGGUUGCCCAUUGCCUCUUUCACUCAGCUUCAGUUGGCUGGGAACAAAAUAUCUUAUGUCCACAUUCCAAAUGGCAAGAUAAAGAAGGAUCGCUUUGAGUUUAGAGUGACUGAUGGACACAAUCUUGUGUUCAGAACCUUCAGGAUUUUCAUCACAGACGUGGACAACAAGAAACCUAUCUUGACCAUCCGUAAACUGACACUGCAGAGAGGUCACAGCAAACUUCUCACUCCUUUGGAGUUGACAGUGGAAGAUGAGGACACCCCAAAUGACCUCAUUCUUUUUACCAUCACCCAGGCCCCUGCCCAUGGAAGGGUUUUGUAUAAUGAUGGCAAUCCUGUGACUACUUUCACCAAGCAGGACCUGAAUGAAGACCUCAUUAGCUACCAGCAUGACGGCAGUGAGACCCCUGAAGACAGUUUCUCCGUGACUGUGACAGAUGGCUCUCACACUGAUUUCUAUGUCUUCCCAGACACUGUCCUGGAGACACGCACACCUCAGGUAAUUAGGAUCCAGAUCAGGUCCCUCAGCAACAGACAGCCCCAGACUGCCUUUAACAAGGGUGUCCCAGCCUUGAAGCACGUUCACGCAGGACACGUUGACUUCUUCAUUAUCAACACAUUUCCAAAGGCAGGAGAGCAGGACAUUCCUCACAGACUGCAGAGGUAUAAGGUAACCAGAGGACCAGAGCACGGCCUUCUCAUCAACACUGGCCUUGAUAAGAAGAGCACUCGUGCGUUCACACAAGCUGACAUUGAUGAGAUGAGGGUCCACUAUGUCUUGAAUGAGGACAGCAAUGCAACGAAGGAUGUCUUCUACUUCUCUGUGGAACACAGUGGGGGAAAUAAACUAAUGGAUCAGCCUUUUCAUCUAAACUGGGCUUGGAUUUCUUUGGAGAAAGAGUACUACAUUGUGGAUGAAGACUCCACGUUCUUACAAGUGACCCUCACACGCCGAGGACACCUUGCAGGGACAUCCUUUAUCAGCAUUGGUACCAAAGCUGAAAGUGCCAAAGACGGUAAAGAUUUUAAAGGAAAAGCCCAUGAACAGGUCCAAUUCAAUCCUGGACAGACUACAGCCGUAUGGAAAGUGAGAAUUAUACCUGACCACCAGUAUGAGACCUCAGAAACUUUCCAGAUCAUUCUGUCAGAACCCGGCAUGGCUGCACUGGAGUUUCCAGAAAUGGCAACGGUUGAAAUUGUGGACCCUGAAGAUGAAUCAACGGUUUAUAUUCCAGAGGCGGAAUACAGAAUCGAGGAGGCUGUUGGGGAGCUUUUGAUUCCUGUGAGACGCUCUGGAGACACCAGUCAGGAGCUCAAGGUCAUUUGCUGCACACAUGCAGAUUCUGCCACAGGCACAGUUCUUGCCAUGGUGUCAUCUCUCUCUGACUAUGUCUCACGACCAGAAGACCACACGAGCUUCCUCCACUUUCGCAAGCAUGAGACUGAGCAGACCUGCCGGGUCCUCAUCAUCAAUGACUCCCUGUAUGAAGACGAGGAAUCCUUCAGGGUUUCACUGAGCCUGCCGGUGGGAGGGCAGCUGGGAACCAAAUUCCCCACCACCAAGGUGACUGUCCUGGCUGACCCCGAGGAUGAGCCUUCUGUGUAUUUUGGAGACACUGAAUACCACGUUGAUGAAAGUGCCGGCUACGUGGAGGUGUGCGUGUGGAGGGCAGGCACUGACCUUUCCCAAGCAUCAUCUGUCACCGUGCGCUCCAGGAGGACAAAGCAGAAGCCAGCAGCAGCUGGAAUAGAUUAUGUUGGCAUCAACCAGAAUCUGGACUUUGCCCCAGGAGUUCGAAAGCAGACAUUCCAAGUGACAAUCCUUGACGACCUGGGACAGCCCAUUCCGGAGGGUCCAGAGAGCUUUGAAUUACUUCUCCAAGUACCUACGGGCUCAGUGCUUGGGGAACCAAAUAAAACCAUCGUUAUCAUCAAGGACUCCAUCACCGACUGUAAACAGUGCUUGUAG